GGGAAAAAAUCACAAUCAAGAAGAAAGAAUAGAAAAGAUAUCUUAUAAAAUACGUGAGAGUGUGAAAUUGAUUGAUAUCAUGGACACACAGUUGUUGACUUUCUGGAACUUCUUAUCGUUCUUUCUUCUUCUUAUAGCUUUAUACUUCUUCCGCAGAAACUCAUCUUCCAAAAUGGCAGAAAAUUCAUCCAAAUCCAUCUACGAUUUCACUGUCAAGGAUAUCAGUGGAAAUGAUGUGAGUCUGAGUCAAUACAGAGGGAAGGUUCUGCUGGUUGUCAAUGUUGCCUCCCAAUGCGGUUUGACACAAACAAAUUACAAAGAGUUGAAUGUUCUGUACCAGAAGUACAAGGAUCAAGACUUUGAAAUCUUGGCAUUUCCAUGCAACCAAUUUCGUGGACAGGAGCCAGGAUCUAGUGAAGAAAUUCAAAAUGUUGUUUGCACAAGGUUCAAAGCUGAAUUCCCAGUCUUUGAUAAGGUUGAAGUCAAUGGGAAGAAUGCAGAACCACUUUACAAGUUUUUGAAGGAUCAGAAAGGAGGAAUAUUUGGAGAUGGUAUCAAGUGGAACUUCACAAAGUUCUUAGUAAACAAAGAAGGGAAGGUUGUGGAUAGAUAUGCUCCUACCACCGCUCCUCUGAAAAUCGAGAAGGACAUCGAGAAGCUUUUACGGUCUUCUUAAGUACUAUACUCAUAUAUUGCAAAGGACAUGGAGAAUCUAUUCAACGCUUUCAUAGGACAGGGAGCUUAACUAAGCUUGUGCUAUUUAUCCCUAGUUAAUUUAUGGCCUGGAAAAUUCUUAAUAUGUUGUGUACUUGGGUUAUCAUGCAAUAAGCACAAUUUGGUGUUCUCACUUUCUUAGCAAAAUAAUACUCUAAAAUGAUGUAUCAGGAUGCACGUUAUUUUAUUUUACAUGGUUCAUACUCCGAGUUUAAUUUGUGUUACAUAA